AUGUCAAUUCCAUCAACUCAAUAUGGGUUCGUUUAUACCAAACAAUCGGGACUCAAUUUACAAUCCAAUUUGCCGGUGCAUAAGCCCAAGGCAGGACAAUUGUUGUUGAAGAUUGAUGCUGUUGGAUUGUGUCAUUCUGACUUGCAUGUCAUCUACGAAGGUUUAGAUUGUGGUGACAAUUAUGUCAUGGGCCAUGAAAUUGCCGGCACUGUCGCUGCUGUUGGUUCCGAUGUGACUAGCUUUAAAGUUGGCGACCGUGUUGCAUGUGUUGGGCCCAAUGGGUGUGGUGGGUGUAAGUAUUGUCGUGGUUCUAUUGAUAAUGUGUGUAAACGCGCCUUUGGCGAUUGGUUUGGCUUGGGGUAUGAUGGUGGGUACCAGCAGUACUUGUUAGUUACUAGACCACGCAAUUUGGCGCGCAUUCCUGAAAAUGUAUCAUCGGAUGUGGCUGCUGCUUCGACUGAUGCCGUGUUGACGCCUUAUCAUGCCAUCAAGAUGGCUAAAGUUUCGCCUACUUCGAAUGUGUUGUUAGUUGGUGCUGGUGGAUUAGGUGGCAAUGCCAUCCAAGUUGCCAAGGCAUUUGGAGCCAAGGUCACGGUGUUGGAUAAAAAGAAGGAGGCCCGUGACCAAGCAAAGAAGUUAGGUGCUGAUGAAGUGUAUGAAUCUUUGCCAGGUUCAAUUUUUCCCGGAACCUAUUCUGCCUGUUUUGAUUUUGUUUCAGUGCAAGCAACAUUUGACUUGUGUCAAAAGUAUGUCGAGCCCAAGGGGAUCAUUGUUCCUGUGGGAUUGGGUGCGCCCAAGUUGUCGUUUGAUUUGGGCGAUUUGGCGUUGCGCGAAGUGCAAAUUUUGGGUAGUUUUUGGGGAACGACUAAUGAUUUGGAUGAAGUGUUGCAGUUGGUUAGUGAGGGUAAAGUUAAGCCUGUGGUUCAGGGUGCUAAAUUGAAGGAGUUGCCCGAGUAUAUUGAAAAGUUGAGAAAGAAUGCCUAUGAGGGAAGAAUUGUAUUUAAUCCAUAG